GGAGGAACAUGGUCCAUGGGGUUGCGAUGGGUCGGACAUGACUUCGCAACUAACAGCAGCAACAGAGCCCACAGACCAGAGAACUACCAAGGGAGGCUGAGGAGGAAGUGGGAGGAAUAAUGGAGUGAAGAAGCAGGAAUAGGUGCCACCUCAAGAAGGUCGGCUUAUUAGAAGAUGUCCUGUUUGGGAUCUUCUCCAGCCACGAGAGGUCCUGGUUUCCUCUCUCCUCCAUUGGGCAGAGAUUAUGCUGUCAGAAUGUUGUCAAGAAUGCUGGGCGUGUCAUGGAUUUCCAAGACAAAGUCGCUAUGAAGUCAGCAUGGGGAGAAGCCAAGGCUGAGGAAACCAUGACCAGCUAUUCCAAUACUUUCCUACUUUUCUCCAUCUUUUUAAGACCACACCUAUGUCAAGAAGACUCCAUGGAGAAGCAGAGAGUCAAGCUAGAUCUCCUCAUUGGCAUUAUGUGUCUGUUCAUGGUCCUCUUGAUCUUUCUGGUCGUUGGGUGCCUCUUCCUCCACUUUAAACUCUUCAGUAAAGACAUGUCCUUGAAGGAGGAGGAUGUGAAAUCUUACACCAUCCAGACCCACUGUGUGGAGACGAAGAUUGUCCUCACUCCUUCUCAAACCCACCAGUUGGCUUCUUCUGGAUGGACGGUGCCCGAGAAACCAAUGGGGACUGAGCGUGAAGUCCGGAGCUCCACACCGCCAGAGCUCACCCUCAACCGUAAAAGUGCCAUCAGCUGUGUGUAUCAGAGCCGUUCCUCCGAAAGUCUCCACUUGGAUGAAACCGGAAGCAUUUACUCACUGGAGUAUUUCCCGGAUUUGUACAGCUCCACCUGGAGUGAUUCGAAGGAGUCUCUCGUGAGUAGGAACUCCCAAGAAGAAGAUGGCGAGGGAAGUACCGAGUCAGGAAGCACGAUACUUUGCACCGUCCAUCCCAUGUGACGAAGGAGACAGGCCAGUCCAAGAAGACUGAUGGGCAGGCCUGGUUUCCAUGACUUCCGUAGAAGCCACGCGUGGGACUUGCGGGGGGGAGGGGGGUGUCAGCACCUGCCAUUAUGCCAAGUUCAAAGAUCCCCUCCGAUCUACGGCCAGCCUCCAUCUCUACUAACGCUUUGGAGAAGCGCUUGGGAAGCCAACCUUCUCGUGUUUUUUUUUUUCCUUCUGGAAGGAAAGAAAACAAGUUUUGGAAGCCUCCUAAGAUGCUACUCCAAGUAGAGAAGAAGAAGGACGGGUCCUUGCGACUAGAAACCCAAACCUAAUUUCUAAUAUGGGCAAGACUUAUUUGAGGAAUUAAAAGGAAUAAAGAAAAGGGAACCCUCUCAUUCAUGACAUGGAAACUAAUGAUGGCAAGUGAUUUUAUUGAUUGAUUUAUUUUUUUAACCGAAAUCCCAAUUGACUGAACAGCUGGACUAUCGCUGAACAAGGAAUGGCAGCCAAGGAAGGACAGGAGGAUGGUCCAUGGACAAGAAAUAAAAGAACCAGAUGAUCAGCAAAGUGUCUUACCAACAAGAUGUUUUAAUUGCCUUUUCUCACUCACCAAUGCAGUUUGAAGAGCCUGCAGUCAAAAGGACAAAAUGAAACAACCUCCAUGGUCCUCUUUGGUGACAGUAAAAAGCCAUAUUCA